AUGUAUGAAAACAAACUGCUGAAUGACUUUUUAAUCUAUUCAGGUGUACCUGAUAAUUCUUUUCAUCAAAAUCUUUUAAAUGAAGAAGCUAAACAAGCCUUAUCACUUAUAAAUUUCCUCGAUCGACAAUUAAAUUUAUUUCUUGACAAAAUCACUGAUCUUUCACAAUUUGUCAAGCUUGAUGUUAGAAAUCUUCGAAAUGAACAUGAAGAAGGAUUACUGGAAAAGAUUCUAACUGCUAACAAUAAUCGAUUAAAAUCCGUAUUAUUCGAUUACGACCCAAUCAAUUUUAUUCUGAGUGAGACUAAAAAUGACGAAGCUCUUUCUUAUUCGAAUAUCGAAGAGUUAACAGUAAACAUAAAGACACAUAAAACAUUAGCAUAUCUAUUUACACUUGUACCAGAUAUUCGUCGUUUACAUGUUGAUUUCGAUCAAUUAUCAUCUGAUUCAAAAUUGGCAUUAGCAAAUAUGUCAUUUCUUGUUCAUCUUAAAGAUUUUCAGUUACGUUCAAUAAACACAUAUUGGUCAUGA